AUGCCCAGCCGCGACGAGAUCACCUACUUCGGGGCCGGCCCCGCGCUGCUGCCCACCGAUGUCCUCGAGCAAGCCUCAAAGGCACUGCUCAAUUACAAUGGCACCGGCUUGGGCAUCGCUGAGCACUCGCACCGCUCCCAGCUUGCCACCGACAUCAUCAACAACGCCAAGGCCGACCUGGCCACCUACCUCGACCUGCCCGCCGACGACUAUGAGAUCGUCUUCAUGCAGGGCGGCGGCAGCGGCGAGUUCUCCGCCACCGUGUACAACAUGGUCGGAGCCUGGGUCUCCCGCAAGAAGGCCGAGCUUCUGAAGGCAAACCACCUGGCCGAGGGUGAGUACGAGCCCGAGCUGCUGGAGAAGGAGCUGGCCAAGGCGGUCGGCGGCCUGAAGCUGGACUACAUCGUCACGGGCAGCUGGUCGCUCAAGGCCUACCAGGAGGCCCAGAGGCUGCUGGGCCCUGAGCAUGUCAACUUGGUCUGCGACGCGAGGACGAUCAACGAUGGCAAGUUCGGCAAGGUCCCGGACCAGAGCACAUGGAAGCUGUCUCCCGACGCCGCCAUGGUGUACUACUGCGACAACGAGACGGUCGACGGCGUGGAGAUGCCCAGCUUCCCCGAGAUCCUGGCGCCCAAGGCCGACGGCACAGGCCCCAUUGUUGUGGCUGACAUGUCUUCCAACAUCCUGUCGAGGAGGUUCCCGGGCAAGAACUUCUCUGUGAUCUUUUUUGGAGCACAGAAGAACCUUGGGUCGACCGGUGUCACUGUCGCUAUCAUCAAGAAGACCCUCCUGCCCCCUACGACGCCCCAGCCGCCACCGGCUCUGCUGCGGAAGCUCGGUCUUCCCAUUGGGCCCAUUGUGCUGUCUUACGAGACCAUCGCCAAGAACAACAGCUUGUACAACACUCUGAGCAUAUUCGAUGUCUACGUCGCCGGCUCAGUGUUGAAGAAGCUCCUCGCCACGUUCCCCGACAAGGUCGAUGGACAAGAGGCUGUUGCUAACAAGAAGGCCGGGCUCAUCUACGCCGCGCUCGAGGCGCAUCCUGACGUGUACAAGAUUGUCCCUGACAAGAGUGCCCGCUCAAGGAUGAACAUCUGCUUCCGUGUCACCAAGGGUGGCAACAUCGACGAGGCGGAGAAGGCGUUCCUCAAGCAGUCCACCGACCUUGGCCUUACUGGGCUCAAGGGUCAUAGGAGUGUGGGCGGCAUCCGGGCCAGCAACUACAAUUCGGUCCCACUGGAGGGUGCACAGAAGCUGGCUGAGUUCAUUGUGAAUCCUCCCACCGCUGUCCAGCUGCAGUCCUCGCGACUUGCCGCCGUCAUCUCUCUGCACGACCGCCAACAUCGCUCGGGCGUCUACAAAUCGCUCACGUCUCCUCUCCCUGCUCCAAUCCGCUCAGUCAACGUGCUCUUCAUCACAACACGCUACCUUUCGUAUCUGAUCAAGAUUUCGCGCAUCGAAAGCCAUUCCACAUCCUCUGUGUUGUUCCGCCUCCACCUGCUGAAGUCAACUAAAGGCCCCGAGUCUUUACCGCUCCUCGACUUCCCCUACAACAAACCGGACCCCGAGUUCAACCCCCCAUUUAAGCUGCCGAAUAAGAGUCUUCUAGAGACCCUCUCUCUUACGGAGGGAGAGUCGCGGAGGCCUCGCCAAUCUACUGAGGGAACACCUCAGCAGCAGUCCCUCAAGCAAGCGUUGGGAAUGGUUAUGGCAAUUACCCUCGUCGAUACAAUUUCACCUAUUGAUUACAUCAAUAACCGGAUCUUUUCGACCAAUGGCGCUGUAUUCAAUUCUGACGAGAAAGCCCAUUAUGGCCAUGUCUCUCCCAAGCAUCUGAUUGGCGAUGCCCUUCGCCAGCGUGUCGAGAACAUCGACCACGAGUUUUGCGAGCCAGGCGACGAGGAUACCUUCUUCGUGGCCGACCUUGGCGAGGUCUACCGCCAGCAUCUGCGGUGGAAGCUCAAUCUCCCGCGCGUCAAGCCGUUCUACGCCGUCAAGUGCAACCCGGACCCUCAGCUCCUCCGCCUUCUGGCCAGCCUGGGCACGGGCUUUGACUGCGCAUCCAAGACAGAGAUCGAGCAGGUGCUCAACUUGGGAGUCAGCCCUGAGCGCGUCAUCUACGCCCAGCCUUGCAAGACCAAUUCGUACGUCCGCUAUGUCGCCAAUGCUGGUGUGCGCCAGAUGACCUUUGACAACGCCGACGAAUUGCGCAAGAUUGCCAAGCUGUUCCCUGAGGCUGAGCUCUUCCUUCGUAUCCACACCGAUGACUCCUCCAGCCUUUGCCGGUUGAGCCUGAAGUUUGGCGCCUCCAUGGACAUGACGGAUGGCCUGCUGCGCACUGCGCGAGACCUCGGGCUGAACGUCGUGGGCGUGAGCUUCCACGUCGGGUCUGGGGCUUCCGACCCCAGGGCCUUCCUCAAGGCCGUCCAAGACGCGCACGUCGUCUUUCAGCAAGGCACCGACUACGGCUUCGAGAUGAAGACCUUGGACGUGGGUGGUGGCUUCUGCAGCGAUUCCACCUUCGAGGGAAUGGCUGGUGUGCUCCGCACCGCGCUGGAUGAGUACUUCCCGGCUCACUCGGGCAUCAACCUGAUUGCCGAGCCUGGUCGGUUCUAUGCCUCGACAGCGUUCACGCUGGCUUGCAACAUCAUUGCGCGGCGAACCGUCGAGAACCAGCCUGGUGAUGACAACAGCUACAUGGUGUACGUCAAUGAUGGCGUCUACGGCAACUUCAGCAGCAUCAUGUUUGACCACCAGAACCCGAUCGCCCAUGUCCUGCAGGCCGGGGGCCAGAACUACUACAACACCAAGGCUGGCCGACCUGUCACGGCUGGUGGUAUGGAGUACAGCAUCUGGGGCCCGACCUGCGACGGCAUCGACCGUAUCAGCGAGAGCAUUCGUUUCAACCAGACAUUGGACGUCGGUGACUGGCUGUACUUUGAGGACAUGGGCGCCUACACCAAGUGCUCUGCCACUCGCUUCAAUGGUUUCUCGGACAACCACGACGUGAUCUAUGUCUGCAGCGAGCCAGGUGCUUUGGCGGCGCUGGAGCACGGCAUCUGA